UAGCUAGGGGCGGUGGCGCUAUCCAAUGAGCUGGACUCUACUUGGCGGGAGGUUAUAAAAACGCCGGGCGCGCCACCUCCAGUCGUAUCGGUUCAGCAGCGGAGUGAGACGCCAUGUCCGGCCGUGGCAAGAGCGGCGGUAAGGCCCGUGCUAAGGCCAAGUCUCGCUCGUCCCGGGCUGGGCUGCAGUUCCCGGUAGGACGCGUUCACCGACUGCUGCGGCGCGGGCACUACGCGGAGCGGGUGGGAGCUGGUGCGCCCGUCUAUCUGGCGGCCGUGCUCGAGUACCUUACCGCUGAGAUCCUGGAGCUCGCGGGCAACGCGGCACGCGACAACAAGAAGACGCGCAUCAUUCCCCGUCACCUGCAACUAGCGGUGCGCAACGACGAGGAGCUCAACAAGCUGUUGGGCGGCGUUACCAUCGCGCAGGGCGGCGUCCUGCCCAACAUUCAGGCCGUUCUGCUGCCCAAGAAGACCAGCAAGAGGGGCAGUGGGCAGCAGUCGCAGGAGUACUAGGCAGGCCGGCCCUCCCGGCCCAACUCAAAGGCCCUUUUCAGGGCCACCCCAUU